AUGGAAAUAAUAAAAGAGAAUAAUGAAAAUGAUGGUGAAAAUAUUAAUAAUAUUCCAAAAAAGAAAAGUGGUAGUAAAAGACAAUUAAGUUUUAAAAAGAAAUGGAAAGCAUCAUUUAAAAAAAAUGAUUUUGUUAAUUCUCAUGGAAUAAAUUAUAAUAAGAGUGUUGGUGUUGGUGGUAAUAGUGGAAUGCCACAAAGAAGAAAUAGUAUUGUUGCAAAACCAAUAGGAUUAACCUCAUAUAAAAUCAAUCACAAUCAUAAUUAUCAAUCUCAAAAAUUAACAUGGAAAUAUACAUCACCAACCAAUUCAUCAUUAAAUCUUAAAAACUCUGAUUUAAAAUAUUUAAAUAAUGAAAAUAAAAAUAUUAGUGACAAUAGUAAUUUUGAUGAUGGGGAAGAAGAUGAUACUGAUAAUAAAAAAAAUAUUAAUAAUAAAAAUAAUAAUAAUAAUAAUCCAUUAACCGAUAUUAUAAAUAUUGAAGAAAAAAUAGCCAAUACCACUACCACUACUACAAACACCACUACCAUUAACACAGAAACUAAAAAUGAUAUAGAUACCACCAUUUCAAAAUUAAAUAAUUUUUAUGAUAACGAUGAAACUAAUAAUAACAUUCAAAAUGAAACAGAUGGUAAUAAUAAUAAUAGUUUUUCAAUUUCUAAUAAUUUAAUUAUAAAAGAAAAAAACAAUAAUAAUAACAAAAAUGAUAAUGGUGAUAGUGAUGAUGAUGAAGAUUGUAAAAUAAUAAUUCUCGAUAAACCACACAUCGAAAAUUUAAAUGAUAAAAACAAACAAAUAUUAUCUCAACCACACACACUCACACAACCACUAACACCCACUUCUAAUAAUACACACAAAAGCACACUUUUCAAAAAAUUAGAAUUACCACCAGCACCACCAUCACCACCACAACCACCAGUUUUUCAAAAUUUAAAUAAUUGUGAUAAUAUAAUUCAACACCAGUUAGAAAAUAAUUGUGAUGCUAAAAAUAAAUCUAUAAAUAUUUAUAAUAAUGAAUUUGAUUUUAAAAAUAAUAAUAAUAAUAUUAUUGAAAAUAAUGAAAAUUUUGAAAAAAAUUUAAAUUUAUUAAAUAAUAAUAAUAAUUUUUAUCAUAAUAAUAAUUUAAAAAAAUCAAAAGAUAAUAUUUUAAAAAAAAGUAAUAAUAAUAUUAAUAAUAUUAAUAAUAUUAAUAUAAAUAAUAAUAAUAAUAAUAAUAAAAAAUCAAAAUCAAAAAUUAAAAUUUUUAAAAAAUUAUUAAAUAAUAAUAUUGAUAGAUUAAAUAAAAAUAAUAUGGAUAACGUUUUAAUGAAAUCUCAAAUUAUUCAAAUCAAUGGUGCAGAAAUUGAUGAUGGUAAUAAUUAUUUUAAUAAAAAUGAUCAACAACACAUUGAAGAUAAUUUAAUGUUUUUAAAUGAAACAUCACAAACCAACAACGCAACAUGUGAAAUCGAUAAUUUAAUUGACUCAAUUAAAAUUAAUUUAUCAAAUGGAUAUUUCAUUGCUGGUCAAAAAGUAACUGGUAAUUUAGAAAUUUCAUUAAAUCAAGAUAUUAAAACAUCUGGUUUAAAUUUAAAAUGGAAAGUUUUUGAACAUGUUAUAAUCAAUCAUUACCAAUCACCACAAUCACCUCAAAAAUUAAAUAAAAAAGAUAAAGAAAAGGAAAAAGAAAAAGAAAAAGAAAAUGAUAAUGAUAAUGAAAAUAAUAAUUCAGAAUCAUUAAUAAGAGAUCAAUCAUUUGAAUUAAUUGAUGCAUCUUCUUUAAAAAGUUUUUCAAAUUCUUCAAACUGUGGUAGUUCAUUAAGAAAUAGUCAAUCAAUUAAUUUAAAUAAUUAUAAUUUUAAUAAUUAUAAAGGUGGUACAUUAAAAAAGAAUUCAAAGAUAUUUAAUGUUUUAAAGAACAGUUCAAGUAUUACAAAUUUUUUAAAAAUUAAUCCAUUAACUUCAUCAUCAUCUGAUUUUUCAUUAAAUUCAUCAAGUAAUUAUAAUUUAAAUUUAUUUAAUGAAAAUAGAUUAAUUUAUAAAAAUCAAGAAAAAAAAACAAUUUAUGAAUCUGGUGAUUCAAUUUUUCAAACUGAUGAUAAUGGUGGUAUAAUGAAUUCUGGUUUACAUAUAAUUCCAUUUUCUUUUUUAUUACCAUCACAUUUACCAAGUUCAUUUAGUGAUUUUACAAUUGAUAAAGAAACAAAUGAAAAAAUAUUAUCAGCAAUUAUUUAUAAACUUUCAAUUUCAUUUCAAGAUAUUUUAUAUGAAGAAGAAGAUAAUGAUGAAAAUAAUAAUAAUAAUUUUUAUAAUCAACAUGAUGAUAAUGAAGAUAAUGAAAAUAUUAGAAAUAAAAAAGAAUAUUUAAAAUCAUUAUAUGAAUUAUUAAAAGAUUAUAAAAUUAAAAAAAGUUUUACAGUUUGUGAACCAUCUAUAAUUGCUGCAAAAGUUAAUGAAAUUCCGAUUAGAAUGGAGAAAAAGAAAUCAUUUUUAGUAAAUUCUGGUCAAAUUUCAUUAAAGGUUGCCUUGAAAAGAACGAUUUUCUUUGCAAAUGAAAAAAUUCCAAUCAAUAUAAAAAUUGAAAAUGCAUCAUCAAGAAGUAUUGAUUAUAUUUUAAUUUCAAUUAAAAAAAUUCAAAAUAUCUCAUUAAGUUUAAUUAAAAAAUCAAAAAAUAAUAAUGAAAAGCAACAACAACAAAUUGAAAAAGAUAAUGAUGAACAACAACCAAAUAUUACAGAUCUAACUUUAUCACCAUCAUCUUCAUCAUUUUUAUCAAAUUCUUCAAAUACAUCAUCUUCAAAGAAUAAUAAUAAUAAUAAUAAUAAUUUAAUAUUUAAAAAAUGUACUUUUAAAACUAGUCAACGAUUUAAUGGUGUUGAUGCACAUUGUAAUUUUAGUGAUACAAUUUUAUUUGAUACAAAUGAAAUCAAAGGUUUUAAUCAAACUACAAAUGGUACUUUAAUUAAAUGCCAUUACAAUAUUGUAAUUCAAUGUUUUGUAAAGAGAGCGUUUAAUGUCGUUUGUAGAAUUCCAAUACUUUUUGGUGCUUUACCAGAAAAUAAUUUAACUUCAAUAUUUAAUGAUGAAUAUCAAUUAAAUUUAUUAAAUAUGUAA